AUGUUUUUGACUACCUUACUAUGUUCGAUUCCAAUAAUAAUCAGUACAAUUUAUUUGUACAUCAAAUGGAAAUACUAUACUCUACGUGGUCCAGUUCCUGGUCUAAAACCUGAAUUAUUAUUUGGUAAUCUUCGUCAACUCGGAAUUAUUGGACCAAAUCGUCAAUUAAUUGAUACCUAUGAUCGUGCUGCUGAGAAAUUGCAAAAACAAUUUGGAGAUAUAUUUCAAUUUUGGAUGGGUACAUUUCAUUCUUAUGUAUUUUGUCGACCAGAACAUGCUGCACAAAUUUAUGAAGAUCGUCAUAUAUUUGAUCGUGGUGAAAUACAUAAAGAAACAUUUGGAUUACUCGGUGAAAAUAUUUUUAUUGCACUUAAAGGUCUAAAAUACAAACGACAUGCUAAAGCAAUUUUACCUAUGUUAAAAAGAAAUAAAUUUAUAUCACAAAUAUCGAAUAUUAUCGGAUGUGUCGAUCAAUUAAUUCAAAUUUGGAAAAUUCGAUAUGAGAAUAAAGAUGACGUUAUAUGUACAUGUAUAUGGAGUGAUAAUCAACAUAUGAUGUUGGAUAUGUUCACAUUUUUAACAUUUGAUUAUGAUUUGGGCAAUUUAAAGUAUUUAGCUAAAGUAGCAACAGACGUCACUUCAAACGAAAAAUAUCAACCAUCCGAUUUCGGUCGAGCAUUAUUAAUAUGGACUGAUAGAGUCAAACUGGUCACAAGCAAUGGUAUGCCACUCAUUGUCAACUAUUAUCUAUUGAAAUUUGAUCGAAAAUAUCAAAAUGCAUUGAAAAUAAUUGAUAAUCAUGUAGAACAAAUUAUUAAAAAAUAUCAAAUGGAAAUGAAUCCAAAUGAUAAAUCUGUCAAUCUUGUUUCAUCAUUAGUAUCCUCAUUACAAAAAGAUGAAUCAUUAGAAAGAACAAAAAGUGAAGCUGAAAAAAGAGGAAUUACAAAAAAAGAAUUAUCCGAUGAAGUAUUAGCAAUGAUUCUCGGUGGUUUUGAUACGACAUCAAGUAUUCUAUCAUGGUUUAUAUAUUUUGUAAGUAAACAUCCAGAAGUUCAACAAAAAAUGAAAGAGGAAUUAAAACAACAUAAUAUUACACAAGAUACAUCAUUAAAUGAUUUACAUUUACUCGAUAAAUGUGUAUAUAUUGAUUGUGUCAUCAAAGAAACAUUGCGAAUGGUACCGCUUCUCGUCGGUUCGUUUCGAACAGUUACCGAAGAUGUUACUGUUGAUGGAGUCCAUAUUCGUAAAGGAGAAACAGUUCUUUCAGCGUUCUCUUUGAUGCAACGUGAUCCAAGAUAUUGGAAAUUAGAUCCUACACAAUUUAUUCCUGAGAGAUUUUUUGGUCCAGAUGCUCCUGAUGCCAAUCAUCAUCCGUGGGCGUUUGCAGCAUUUGGUGGUGGUCAUCGUACUUGUAUUGGACAAGACUUAGCACGAUUAGAAUUAAAGUUAAUCGUUGUUCGUUUUAUGUCAUUCGUUACUUUUAUUGAUGCACCUGGAAAUAACGGUGGCCGUUGUCAAGGAAUGGUCGUUACACCGAAAGAAGUCGCUGUUUAUAUCAAAUUCGAUUAA